AAUCUCUAUCACCUCCUUUGCUCACCUGUCUCACAACGCAUCAACAAUACGAGCUUCCUAUGCCGACGUAUCCUGAGCCCUUCCUACAUUCGUCUAUUGCUUGACUGGCGCCCCUCAAACGGGGGCAAACGAGUACGCGGGCGGUCGACUGAAGCAGCAACCGUUCCUUUCCUUCAAUUAAAAAAAAGCAAUAUCCAAAAACAAAACUCCUUUAUGCUGAGCAAAUGAGUCCCCGUAAGCCCCCGAUGGCGUACCUUCCACCGAACGCGCAGAAACUCCCGUUCAUGGCGGAGCUGCAGUCGAAGGGGGGCAUCCUGAAGUCGAAGUCAGGCUGCGUCGGCCUGUUUCCGGCCGAUCUCAACUCGGAGCUGAAGUCGCGCCUCAAAAAGUCGACCCACUCGGCCGUGAGCAACCUGAAGAAGUCGACCACCGUCUCGAACAUCGACGCGUCCUCGGUACCGCUGUACCUGCAACACCAACGAGCGGCCAGCGGUGGCUCGUCGUCGGAAUCGGAGGACGACGACGACGAGGGAGUCGCACCGGGCAAGAAUCUCGCCAAAAUGCUGCGCAACGUUUCGAAUACGGCCAACAGUGGUGUGGGAGGAGGUGGAGCCUUCAUUCCACCAUCCUACAUUCCACUGCCGGUGCUGCCGGUGGUGGCCAGGGAUGGUGCCUUCGGUCAACGUUCGUUCGGUGGGGUCGAAGGUGAUGGCGGAUACAACCGGGAGCUAGCUGCAAUCAACAAGAAUCCGGCCGUGGCAAGACGUCGUCGUCAAAACGAAGGGUUCAAGCAGCAACAGUUGAUCAAAAGCAAAAGCCAAUCGGAGCUGGCCACCUUCGUACCGGCGUCGGCAAUCAUCUACCACAACACCGCCGACAGUGGCAGCCCGAAUGCACCCGCACCGUCCCUGCUGACCGGCAGUGGAAAUAAUGCCUUCGUCCCCGGUGGCAAUGUACCACCACCUUCCCUAGCGGCGGCACAGCAACCAGCCCUAGCGACCGGUCUGUUCCAGCGGGAGCAGAACAACAAUCUCGGCAACAGCAGCACCGGCUUCGGUGGUACGCCCUACGUCGUCGGCCAGCGGCAGGAAGAGGACCACGGUUUCCCGGCGUUCAGUGCGCUGCGGCGCUGCUUGACGGAAGAGAUGCGGCCCGAUCAGGACACGAUGGUGAAGAGCGUCUCGAUCGCCGAGCGUUUGGCGGCGCUGAAGAAGAGCGGCGAAGACGACUGGCGCAAGCGGGUUUCCAAGAAGGACGUCCCCGACGACGUGCGCCGGGAGAAUCUUGUCAAUAAUGCACUCAUCGUUGCCAAGUCCCACGAGAGCCCAGUGAAAAACAACUCACCACGACCGUUCAGUCGGCCGGCGGACCUAGAGGGUGGUAACAUUUCCGACCGGUUGGGAAAAAUAAAAACGUCCUCGGAGAAUUGGAAAAAUCGUGUCGAACUCUCCGAUGCGACGAACUUUACCAUUGCCGGUCGCAUGCCCGCGACCAAAUCGCCCAAGCUCCCGUUCAUCAAGGCGGACACGAAGCAGUCGCCCGCCAUGAACGUGUUCCGCAGCGUCAACCCACCGCAGCUCGGGCUCGCCAAGAGCCCCUCGAUGAUGGUGUCCUCCGUGGUUACCUCGUCGACCGUCUACGGCCAGCAGCAGCCCCAGCAGCCUUCGCCAGUAGUCGGCGGAAGGCCGACCAGCGCCAUUCCCGGGCUGGUGGGUAUGCUGCAACCGAUUUCUAGUCCCGCCCUUCCGGCCGUGCAGCAGCAGCAGCAGCAGAGCCGUGUCGUCGAGAGCCUGAUGAAGCGCAGCAUAAGUGUGCCGGGUGUACCGUCCGGCGAGCGUGGUGGAGGUGGUGUCACCGGUGAUCUCAAAUCGCACGCCGCGGCCGGCUCGAAGGUUUCCAUUCCGAAGCUGGACGACGAAAGUUUCGGCAAGUUCUUCGGGAAGGUUCGGGGUGGCAGUUCCGGUGCCAGCUUCCAGUCGAGCACGACACUGCUGAGUAGCAGUAGCAUCGCCUCCGUGACCGGCACGAGUAGCAGCUUCAUCGCGACCCCCGAGGUGACGAUCGGCGAUCUCGACACGCUCAAGACCAGCGGUGAAAAGCUGUCGCACAAAAAGGUCGUCCAGGGUCCGCGUGGCCGCCGGGCGAUGUCGCGCAAUCCACUCAAGACGUUGGCCGCCCGCGACGAUCUGCAGACGGAGUACACGGAAAUCAAGACCGGUGUCGCCGAGAAGGAGAUGCGAAGACUUAAACUAGAAGCAAUUGCCAAAAACAGCAAUCUGGCCGUAGAAGCGCUAGCCGGCUUAGCGUCCGUUGAAGAUUUCAAAUCGGUCAGCCUCAAGUCUAGCUCGCUGCCGCUGAAUCAAUCGUUUGUCCCGUACAAACCGCUGAUGUUGCUGCAGGUGAAGGGCCGGCGUCACGCGCAAACGCGCCUGGUGGAACCGGUGGCCCGCUCGGUCAACCGGGGCGACUGCUUCGUGCUGGUCACCGCCGACCGGCUGUUCGCCUUUCUCGGCCAGUACGCGAACGUGAUCGAGCGGUCGCGCUGCAAGGAGAUCUGCGAGCAGAUCGUGCGCGACAAGGACCUCGGCUGCGGGGCGCCCGCGGUGACGCUGAUCAACGACGGCCCGGCAGGUGGUAGGGCGAGCGGCGGCGGCGGCGGCAGUCGGCAGGCACGCGACUUCUGGCAGCUGCUCGGCCGCGACCAGGAGGACGAUCAGGCGGAAGUUUGCGACUCGGGGCACGCCGACGAGGACGAGCUGUUCGAGGCGUGUCUGAUCGAGACGAACGCGGUGUACGAGUACGGGGACGAGGCGCUCGUGCCGGUCGAGGAGUAUUGGGGUGCGCUGCCGAAGGUUGCCAUGCUGGAGCCCCGCAAGGUGCUGGUGUUUGACUUCGGCUCGGAGGUGUACGUGUGGAGUGGCAAGAGUGCGCCGUCGGAGAGUAAGCGUGCGGCAUUGCGGCUCACCCAGGAACUGUACGGAUCGCGCUACAGCUACGAAGAGUGCCAGCUGAGCCCGCUCAACUUCUCCGAACUGGCCGGUGACCGGCAGCGGGAUGCUCGACGCCUCUCGAAAGCGGGCAACGGACGACCCGACUGGUGUCUGAUCGCACGGGUCACGCAGCACAUGGAGACGGUGCUGUUCCGCGAGAAGUUCCUCGACUGGCCGGACAUUACCGUGCAGUUCCGGGAGGAGUUCCCACUCGGUGGCGAUGGGACGUCGAUCGGGGGCGACAUUAAAGCGCUGGACGGAGCCGUACUGUAUCGUGGCAUCGACGGAGCACGGGUUCAGGAGCCCAAUCUGGUGCUGGAAAAUUCGAACCUAGGUCGGGGAGAUUUCUACUACGACUACGACUCGAUGCGCCACUACGACAUCCGCACGACGUCGGUGACGCAGUGGGAGAUCGACGAGUACGAGUACAAAGAGAUCGACGGUGCGUCCCGGGGUCACUUCUACGCCGACGAGAGCUACACCGUGCGCUGGCUGUACCAGAUCAGCGUGACGGUGCGCGAGCUGAGUGGCAAGGUCUCGAACCGCAGCACCGUGGUCGGCCGCGAUCGGUGUGCGUACUUCUGCUGGCAUGGUCGGGACGCGUCGGCGAACGAACGGGGGGCGGCCGCCCUGCUUACGGUCGAGCUGGACAAGGAGAAAGGGGCGCAGGUGCGCGUGGCCCAGGGCCAGGAACCGGCCGCGUUCGUGCGUCUCUUCCGUGUGAUGUUCGUGCACCGGAGUCGGCGAGUGGACGCGAAGGCGGGAUGGCGCAUGUACAUGCUGACCGGUAACCACCCGGAGGAGACGGUCUGUACCGAGGUGGACGGAUGCGGUGCACGCCAGCUGCGCUCCCGAGCCGUCAUGCUGCUGGUGCACGGCACGCGUGGCCGAGUGCUACUGUGGCAGGGCUGUAAGGCCCUCCCGCACGCCAAGGAGGUGGCCGCGAACGUGCUCCGGACCGUGCUGGAUCAAAAGUGUCCCGAGCUGUUCGACGAGGCGUCGUUGGAGACCCUUUCCUCGGGCGUCCUGGACGAGGGCGAAGAGAGUGUCGAGUUUUUCGAAGCCGUCGGUGGCCAGAACCGGCAUCACUACCACAGUCUGCUCGGCUCGGAGCAACGGUACGACUACACGCCACGCAUUUUCCACCUGACCAGCAUUAACAAUGGCAACUUCGAGGCCACCGAGCUGCAGUGCGCGUUGCGUGCGAAGGAUCGCCCAACGGCGUACCCCUUCCGGCAGGAGGAUCUCUACUCCGUGCGCCAGCCAACCAUCUUCCUGAUCGACAACGGGCACGUCCUGUGGCUCUGGCAGGGUUGGUGGCCGUCGGGGGCCGGUGGCGAUGACACGGGUAGCGACAGCGGCGGCAGUGGCAGUGGUGGAGAGACCAACCACAGCAGCUUCGAUAGCAACCGAUCGGGUGAAAACCGCUGGCAGGUGGAGCGCCGUGUCGCGAUGGAGACGGCCGUGUCGUACUGGCGGGCGAAGAGGCUGGCCGAGCGGGGAGGAGAUACUGACCGUCCCACGAACGGUAGCGCCAACGGUAAUGGGUACGGUACACCGGACGAAAAUGGCAAUAGCGAAGCGGCUGGAAUCGAUGAGGUCGACGCCAAACCGUACGAUCGCGAGGCGGCGGCGGCGGAAGAGAGCCAACAACAGCCACGGGAAGACCCGGAGGACGCCAUGAACGGGUUCGUCGUGUGGGCCGGGUUGGAACCGCUCGAGUUCACUGCCAUGUUCCCCGAGUGGCACGAGCGGGACGAUGUGGCGGAGAUUAAUGUGCAGGAUGGUCGUAAGUCGACACCGCAACCGAUCUACGACAGCCUGUCGCUGCUGUCCCGCCGGGAGUACCCGCUGGCCGUGCUGCUGGAGCGCCCACUGCCGGAAGGCGUCGAUCCGACCAAGCUCGAACUCUACCUGCACGAACAGGACUACCCGGAAGGGCUCGGCAUGACGAAGGCCGAGUACGAUCAGCUGCCCGCCUGGAAGCAGACGAAGCUAAAGAAGGAGCGUGGCCUAUUCUGAGCGUAAUUUUACUCGUGAUCGUGAUUUCAUACACCCUUUCCCGAGGCCCUAGGAAGAGGAAAAAGCGUGGAGUGGGAAUGGAUAGGACGAGAGUGUUUUUUAUUUUUGUAUUUUGUAGUAAACUCCUGUCCACUAUGGUGUUGCGUUGGGUUCGAAGAAGGGCCAACCGUCUCGUUAGAGCCAACCCUCUUUCGGCUUUCGAACUGAUGAUAUUAUUUCUACGAUUGAAGAACAGGGAAGGAAAGGGAAGCGGCGAAAGGACAUUUAUGUUUAGCUUGUUGUCCGAUUGUUUAGUUUUUUUUGUUUUUCUUUUAACAAUCCAUUUGAUGUUCCCAUAGCAAACGAUAUUAAAAUUCGACCUAGCUUAAUAUGUUUUCGUUUUUACCAAAUUUUUAAUAAACAAACAUAAUUCUUGUGAGGGGUGGUACGUCGUGAGUUGAGUGCACACGGGGACGGGGGAGCGCAUGUAGUUCUGUGUUCGGUGGCUGUUUAAUAGUAUUAGCAUAUUGUUUUGUUCUUUUAAUUAUCCGUUCGAUUGUUUCGUGCCCACAACACAACGAUACUCACACACGGUACAGAGAAAAAACAAAAACACGUUUCCCCAACGUCGAUCGUUGUCGUUUUGUGUGCUUCCCUCAGGGUUUUACGAGCGAGAUUAGGUUAGAUUAAGUUUGCGUGCACCUCUCCGAUAGGCUCGGCAGCGAGUUUUCUGUUUAUGAAGAGCAACCUUUUAAGACACAUAUUUAUUUAGUCCGUUCUUAUGUCCGUUCUGCCUGGUGCUUCACAAUCGAUCGCCCCCAUUAUGCGUAUGUAGAGGCAGCAGUUGGUUUAGUCUGAUUUUGUUUGGUUUAUGCUGUUUUAAUUUACGUUAUAAAUACACGCAAGGUUUAGUUUAAUGAAACGGA